UCCGUGACUGGCGCAUGCGCCGUUGUUGUGGCUGUCGACCUAAGGCGCAUGUGCGGUGCGAGCCCGCGGAAAUUUAAACCGAUUUCAGAGAGAAAAUUGGGAGAAAAUAAUAUAGAAAACUAUCUCUGCGGCCGGGCUAGAAACAGUAGUCGGGUCGGCGCUCGCUGCAGGUACAAGAGGAAACGGGUCCAGAAGAGCCAUAACCUGUGAAUGUGAAUCAUGCCACAGGAGGAAGAAGGCAAUGUGACUGUAGUUGUCCGGAUCAGACCUCAGAAUCAUCGAGAAUUGGAAACUGAAAGCCAUGCUGUUACACAAAUGGUGGAUGAAAAUGUCCUGGUCUUUGACCCAAAGGAAGAAAUUAAUGACAUGUUUUCAGGAGCUAAGUUCAGAGAUAGGGGCAUAACAUGUCGGAAAAGGAAAGACCUGAAAUUCGUGUUUGACAGAGUUUUUAAUGAAAAUUCUACCCAACAAGAAUUGUUUGAGUUCACAACUAAACAAAUUUUGGAAGGAGUUUUGAAUGGAUACAAUUGCUCAGUCUUUGCCUACGGUGCAACAGGAUCUGGCAAGACCCACACGAUGCUGGGCAGCGUGGAUCAGCCUGGAGUGAUGUACCUCACCAUGCAGCAGCUCUACGAGAGAAUCGAACAAAUGAAAGAUGAGAAAAUUUGUGAAGUGGCUGUCUCGUAUUUGGAGGUGUAUAACGAACAGAUCCAAGACCUGCUUGAACCCAAGGGCUCACUGGCUGUGAGAGAGGAUCCACAGAAAGGAACAGUUGUUCAGAGGCUGAGCUUCCAUCAGCCCAAGACUGCCAAAGAACUGUUGGAGAUGUUGGCAAGUGGAAACCAGAACAGGACCCAGCAUCCCACUGACGCCAACGCCGCAUCCUCGCGAUCCCAUGCUGUCUUUCAGGUCUAUGUCAAACAACAAGACCGCAUAGCCAGCAUCAGCAAGAAUCUGCGGGUGGCAAAGAUGUGCCUAAUUGACUUGGCUGGAUCAGAGCGAGUCACUUCUACCAAGGCCCAAGGAGCACGCUUCAGAGAGGGAGCAAACAUAAAUCGCUCACUGCUUGCAUUGGGAAACGUGAUUAACGCACUGGCAGAUGGCAAGGGUAAAAAGUCCCACAUCCCUUACCGAGACAGCAAGUUGACACGUCUACUUAAAGACUCGUUGGGGGGAAACUGUCGCACAGUGAUGAUUGCCACUGUGAGCCCUUCAGCCAGUAGUUACGAAGAUACAUACAAUACCUUAAAGUAUGCAAAUCGUGCUAAGGAUAUCAAAUCCUCUCUGAAGAGCAAUAUUGUCAGCUUGGACUGUCAUAUAAGUAAAUAUGCAGCCAUAUGCGAGGAGCUACGGAGAGAGGUCACCCAACUGAAAGACAAGCUGAAAGCUUAUGAAGAAGGGAAGUGUGCCAUUACCAGGAGUGGUCCAAGUACAGUCCAAACCGUGCUAGCCAGUCAACAGCAGGGCUUGGAGAAGUCGUUGCAGGGUGCCUUUGUUAGUCGCCAAGAGAUUCAAAGGGACUACUUGGAAUUAGAAGCUCAUGCUAAAGAAAUGGAGCUGAAGGCUUUCUUUCGACUGCGGGACCAAGAACGGAUUAAAAUACUGUGUACUGAGCAGCAAUUGGAACAGGCUUCCUGUAAGUUUGAACGCAGCCAGGCUUCGUCCAGUCGGCGCCAUGAACAUCUCCUGGAGAAAAUGCGGCAAAAUGAAGAGAGACUGAAGGAGAAUGGACGUCUCAUAUCCCAGCUGGGAACUAAAGUUGGUUCUGAUGGUAAAACCACAAUGUUCCCUCAGAUCAUGAAACUGAGUAUGCAGAAGCUUCUAUUAGAGGCUGAAGUGAGCAAUUGCAAGCAACACAGCAAUUCAAUGACUCGCCUGCUGACACUGCAAGACCGAGACAGUCAACAGACAGAAAAAUUAGUGACCAGCCUGCUUCAGAUUGCACAGAAGCAGUUUAACACCCUGAAAGAAGCAAACCUUGCAACUGCAGACAUGGCAUCGCAGUUCAAUGAUUUGGAGCGUCUUGUGCGAGGAGAGAAAGUGGUUCUGUGGGCAGAUCAAAUAAAUGCAGAAGAAUCUAAAGAGAAUCAGCAUUCAGAAGUGACGGCUCUUGCUACACUCUCUAAGCUACACCAGCUACCUGAGAACCUAUUUGAAGUUACUGUGCCAUCCAUAAAGAAAGCUGCAGCUGCAGAACCAACUGAACCAGCUCUGUCGGAGGUUAGCGCAAAAAAGCGACUCCCCACCAAGCGGUGCCUGGCCGAGCUCAGACCGUCAUCGAGCCUUCAGCAGAAGGAGCAGCUGAUGCCACUAAAGAGAAGGCGUACAGAAAUCGAGGUCCCUGCAGAUAAUAAUACAGUAACUGAUUUGCGAAGGAAACACAGCUCCUCCCGAAUUGACCAUGUCAACUUUGUGGCAAAGACUUACAGAAAGGAUAGCCAGCCGUUCUCAAAUCGGAGUAACACUCUCGCCAAUGAAGGAUCUAAAUUUGUGAACAUGGCUCCACAUAUCAAAAGAAUCUGCACACCAGCAGUGUCCAAGAAGAGGAAAGCUCCAUCCAGCACCAUUCCCAACAGCAGCAUCCUCCCCGCGGUGUCAAGUAAUAGCAUUUUGAAUGAAACCUUUGAAACUGCAGAAGGGUGUGAUCAGGAUGCCACCAUAAUUCUUGGCCCAUCAGCUGAUCAAAGACUUGCAGAUACCCUGAACCACACCACAAUGUCGCAGACCAACAACUCGUUUCUACAGAGAUUGGACCUGCCGAGAUUUGCAGUUAAAAACCAGCCUAGCGUCCUGUACACGGCUAAAAACCCAUACGCAACUGUCAGCAGAUCCGUCACGAGAACAAACACCAGAGUAACAGGACAGCGGAAAAAAAGAUAUUCAAGUGGCUUCUCAGCCAGUGGCCGGCAAUACCAGGGUAAAUCCAGGAGGUCUCCCGCCUGCAAGACUCGGCUUACUUCAGCACAGUACUCCAGCCCAAUGUUACGUUCACUGGACAAGAAAAAUGGAAUUGGUGGCAGUCUGCCAGGCAGCCAGAGUUUUCAAUUCCUGUCGCAAACCAGUUUGAAGAAUUCAAGUAAAAUGCUUUCUUUCUGACCAGAGGAUGAUUGAGAACACGAGACAGUAAUUGCAUUUGUUUGCUCCCACUUGCCUUGUCUGCAUUUGAAAUUUGAACUGCAUUGAUAAUAUUGAUUAUUGAGCAGCCUGAUGCCGUUUCCAAUCCUGAGGCUGACCUUGCAGUAUUUUCAAUACUGUUAACCUUUUAACUAUUUUGCAUUCAUUGUUUUCAUUCCAUCGUCAUUUGCCCGACUCCCUGACAGGGCAACCGUGCUCUGGUUCCUGGAUAGUCCUCGGAAUGUUUUUCAUCUCACUCCAUGGCUGGUGGACUGGAAACGGGAUUCUUUCAUUCUGUCUAAUUGCACUGCCUAACGGGAUUGAGUUCUGCACUCCCAUCCUGUGGCUGUGCUGAGUCCAGUGAAAUCUUCCCAAUUAGUAGUCAAACAACAUGCAUGCAUCUUUUGAAAGCCAUGCAAGUUGAACCAUUACUUUCAUUUUCUAUGUCUUGUUAUUGUUUUCUACCAUGCUGUAAAUCUGUGUUUUUUGUUCAUUUAAAUAAAAUAAGAUUUUUAAAUUGAUGGGCUCUGCUCCUGAUACCAGCUUGAUGUUGGCUCCUGUAAAGCCAUAAUCCUCAGGCACUGGAAAGCACGAGGGCAAAAUAGGUGCAAAGUAAAACCCAUUAAACAUGAUACAGGUGUCAUUUUAAUUCUUGAUUCUUCACUGUUAAGAGACAGCAGGAAUUCUUACGGCGCCUAUCCAGAUGAAGGAGGUUGCAUUCCAUAGUUCUGCCAACCAAAUGAGCAUUGAAGUCUGAGUCCCUGCAUGUAGGUUGUGCAGCUCUGUUGCUCCCAUGUGCACACUGUCAGAACUGCUCUGGUAAGCUAGCUUGCAUUUUAAUGGAAGUACAAGAGACUGCAGGUGCUGGAUUCUUGAGCAAAAAAACAAAGUGUUGGAGGAACUCAGUGAGUCGGGCAGCAUCUGUGCAGGGAAUGGACAGGCAGUGUUUGGGGUUGGGACCCUUCUUCAGGUGAUGGUUAUGGCAACUUUGCAAUAACUAACUAAUAUUUUCUUAUCAAAUAUGCUUCUUCCCCAUUUCAUUCCAUUGAAGCUAGGUCUCCAAUAUCCUGAUUUCAUAUGUUUGGUCAAGUUUGAUUUGACAGUCUUUAUCACGAUGCUAUGCUAGAUCUUGUCCUGUGUAGGUCUCCUCCUCUAUGGCACAGUGCAGAAUGUAGCAAUAUAUCGCGUGAGGAAGAACAACAUUCCUUUUAUGUGAAUGUGCCACACCUUUGUUUCAUGCAUGGUAGAAAUGGAAGUAGUCCUCUCACCUUUUAAGAAUGUUCUGCUGAAAUUGAUUGCACAAGUCAUGACGCCUUUGCUUUCACAAAUUAAUAUUGUUAGAAAUUGGUUGUACUGACAACGGACGGUUUCUUCAGGCUCUUAAAUGUGAAUUGUUCUAUCCAAUAAAAGGGCAAAGUUGCCCCAUUACAUGGGGAGAGAGAGUACAGUUAAUGUUUGGCCUCAGCACCCAUGCACGGCCUGCCAUUCUGUCAGCCAAGGGUCUUAACCCGAAACGUCACCCAUUCCUUCUCUCCAGAGAUGCUGCCUGUCCCGCAGAGUUGUUCCAGCACUUUGUGUCUACCUUCCAUCUCUUCUGGCAUAUUGCAGACAUCUGAUGGAGCAAGUAGUGCAAAGGAAAGAGAUUUAUUUCUGGGGCAAUCUGUUGGUGACAGGACGACUCAGCGUGAUAACAGAAGGAAUUUUUCGAGGGUAGAGACGGGCAAAACUCUUUGUUAUCGGCUUCAAGCCAAUUCAUCCAUCUCCCGAUUGCAAUAAUACCAACAGAGUCAGCAGAUUGUUGCUCCAGAUUCCAGCCUCUUGUGUCUCGACCAUUUGCAAGUGACCACGAUGUAAAGAAUUGUUACAUAUUGUAUGCUAAAUUAAACCCAAUACACGUUGAAGCACCGUGCCUAUAUUGAAGAAGAUUUUACUUUGAACUUGUAGAUUACCAAGUAUUAAUCUCAUAAACUGACAUACGUAGCCUUCCAAUAGUAUUAUCAUGGUGGCUUUUCCGUUCAUCCAGCCACAUUGCCACCGCUAACUUGUUUUGCCGCCUACGUUCCACAUUUUUUUCAGCUCCUGCUGUUGGGUGGUCAAGCAAGGGCUACAGAAUGACAAGCACACUCCAGAGAAUUAGCCCUGACCGAAACGAACGGAGUGUAUUGGAAAUAGGCUAAAGUGCAAAGGGGGUAACACAGGCGUAAAUGCUUCGGCUUGAUUGCCGAGUGGAAUUGUAGAUCAGUAGUACUCCUUUGAUCACAUGGGCAAGCAGGUAAUUCAUAAAGUUUGAUAUAUGUAUAUAGCUUAAAGAACAUGAUACUUUAUUGAUGUCAGCAUUGUAUAUUACUUUAUUUUUUAACUGGUCUCUUUGUGUUGGGGGGCAAUCUUUUGUCCCUUUCUAUGUUUGAAAUGUAAAAGUAGUGAUUGUAUUAGUGUUUGGAGAGCACCCAUGAAAUGCAAACCUAAAGCUUGCCUAAUGCAGUCAUCCAAUACAGAAUCUCUUGUGAUUAAUCAUUCACAUUUAAGGACAAAACUAUCAAUAUCAUGCUGUUUGUACAAAUCGAACACAAAGACUUUAUCCUUGUGCUUCACCCUUUUGCUGUAUGGUAUCCCAAACCAUGACACAAAUACACUGUGAAAUUUAUCAUUUAAAUCUGUUGGAAUGGCACUCUCUUAACUUGAAGCUACCUGCGGUUAUGCAGAAUGCCACCUAGAGCGUAUGCAGUGACCCAGAACACAUCUCGUCAGCAUAGUGCUGGCCAGACCAACAUGAUUGCUCAGCAGGUGAUAUCCGUGGAGACUUGGUUGAGCUGUCUGCCCGCCAAGCAUGCAGCAACACCCAUGUAUGUUUGAUGCAAUAGGCACUGUGAUUGACAGGAGCACAGGAAGCUUCCAAUAUCAGAGAAACCAGAAGGUUAGUAACUUGUUCUGAGUUAGCUAGCACCCGAGAGCCUGUUGCUUAAGAGUGUUCUGUGCACCAGGCAAAUUGUAGCACUUGUCAAUCGGCCAUCCAACAAGUCUGAUGUAGUGUACAGAAUCUGCAUUGUCAAUGGGUUAUGACUUUAUCAAGUAUUCUCUGAGUGUGACGUCCUUAGGCAGCAUAAAGUUGGAUUUGGUGGCUGCUCCCCUUUCUUAUCCUGUAAAAUAUUGUGCUUAAUUUUCAUUAAAUUGUUUAGUAAUAA